UGACAAAAUGCAGAGAAGGAUCAAACACAUCGCCUCCUAAGAUAUUUCUGACUGUGCAGCGAAGUCAGCGUUAUCUUUCUUCCCGCGUGGCUUUUCCGCGCACUGCAACUACUUCAGUGCCUGCCGAGCGCUACACCUUCAGCUUAUGCGGGGGUGCUUCAGCACAGACUCUAGUCACUUGUGUCUAUAUUCUGGCAGUUCUGACAUCGCCCUGCGGCUUGUUGCUUGUGUCAAAAUACCAGCUUUGCGUUGUGUAAAGCCUACUGAUGCCCUUCUUGCCAGCAACUAUUGAGGAAUCAUGAAGAUAAAUGACAAAAACUUGGUGAGCUUUGCACUAAGCUCGAGCCCAGUCGACAGGGAAGGCUGGCUGCUAAAACGUGGUGAAGUAAAUCGUGCCUACCAGAGGCGCUGGUUCCUCCUGAAGGGAAACUUGUUGUUCUACUUUGAAAAGAAGACUGACCGAGAACCAUUGGGUGUGGUCAUCCUCGAAGGCUGCACUGUUGAACUGGCUGAGAAUGAGGAGAUGUUUGCUUUCAAGGUUGUAUUUCAUGGGUCUGGCAACCGGAUGUACAUGCUGUCAGCUGACACACAAGAGUCGAUGGAGGCCUGGAUGAAAGCAUUGGCAUGUGCCUCUUAUGACUACAUGAAGCUCAUGGUUGCUGAACUGCAACGCCAGCUCAGCCAAGUUGCAGAAGCUGAACGACUGGCCAAGUGCGGCAACACUGUGCCCUUGCUCAUCGGAGGGCAGCUGCCUGGGAACCGCUCUGACAGCUGCCUGUGCGUGCGAGAUACUCCGUCGGGCCAUGCAGCACGUUUUAACCCUUUCGACCGCUGGAAGGAAGACGGGUGUAGUGGUAACGAGAGUGGUGAAGUGGCCAAGCGUGGCAGUGUCCCAACUAGCACCCCGGUGUCGUCGCGCUCAUCGACAAAGUAUACAUUUGCCGAGCUUCACCGACGGCACGGGAUGCGCUUUCGGAAACUGAUAGAAGAGCGGAAACGAAAGGAAGAAAAAGAGCGUGGCUUGGAUCUGCUUAUCGAUAUCUGAGAGCUUUUAUUCAUGAACUCUGAAGAUGCCAUUUUUAAUCAAUGGAGGCACUCGAAGCCUGCUAGGGACAUACAAUAAUACUGCUUAUUUCACUAUUCAAUUAGCCUUGAUACAACCGAUUGGCCUCAUAGCCUUUUGUAUCACCUGUCUGUUCGGUUGUCUUUAAGAAGUAGCGAGUUAUUGAGGGCAUGCAAGUCUUCUAGAGAGUGGCAAGGCCUUUCAUGUCAUUUCGAGACCUUUCAUUCUGUGUACACUGCAACUUAACAAGACUCAGCUCAUAUUGAGCUGAACUAAUUUCACUUGAGUUUACUUGGUUCACCAUGUUGACAUGAAUAUCGUAUGCUACCAAGAGCUUCUGUACCUCAAAUUUAUAUCUGUGUGGCUGCUUGUGCAAGAUCCUGCGUGAGUGUGGCAUGAACAUUGCUAGUGGCACUGUUCAUGCCAGAAGUGAAAGACAGAUGUGCCACAGCUGUGCUGAAUUUUUACAGGAGUCCAAACACAUCUUAUUCUACUGGAGGAUUUUGCUUUUUUUUUCUUUCAGAUGCGGCUUUCCUCAAUCAACGCAGUCAUAUAGAAAUGGCCUUACAGAAAUGGCAUAAAACUAGCACAAUAAUGUUGCAGCCCCACUUAUCUGAUCUGCUGUGCUGGUGCCUAAGUAAAUUUCCUGAUUUUCUGCGGUGUACAUUUCUCAAUGUUUUUUAGGUUUAUACGUACGAAGCUUGCUAAUACCUAACUCAAGUUUUUCUUUUUAGUGACCUCUGAAAUAUUUGUGUUUCAUACAUGGCCAUAAUCAUGACACGUGAGCUAGUCAUCUUAGAUGCCAGGCCCUAAUGCUGGCAUUUAAUUCACGUGGAUAUAGUAGUGACGUUGCUUCAACAGUUAUAAUCUGUUUUUUUUUUUUUAGUUUCUAAGCUAAUACCAGCCGGGGUGGUUAUGGUGAUCAGCUGCUGACUUAAAGGAUUGAAUUCUGGCUGCGACAGCCGCACUUUCACGGAGGCAUAAUGCCAAAGGCCUGUGUGCUAAAUCUUAGGCCCACAUUAAAGAACCGCUGGUGGUCGAAAUUUCCGGAGCCCUCCACUAUGGUGUGCCUCAUAAUCAUAUUGUGGUUUUGAGACGCAAAAUUCUAAAAAUUGUACCAUUUUCUAUUCUAACAAAAUCCAAAGAAUUUUCAGUAGUGAUUACAUCUUGCUGGAAAGCCUUCUUAAACUGUCUUUAACGAGUCGUGUGAAAUUUAGAAUCAAAGCCUAUGCAUCAUUCACAGUAAUAGCUUAGUGGCUAACAUUCUGUGCUGCUUAACUUAAGGACAAUAUUUCGACUCAUAGUGGCUACAUUUCAGUGGAGGUGGACUGUCGAAACACUUGUGGACUCAGAUUCAGCUGAAUAAGGAAAAUAACCCAGAUGGUCAGACUUGAUCUGGAGUCUGCCAAUGCUGCAUGCCUCAUGAUCACAUUAUGGUUUUAGAAAGCGUAUCCACCAUUCUCUCUUUUUAUGGAAACUGAACUCGGUGAGUGAUGGAACACAAGUAGAAGAAGUUGCUAGGACGGGCACUUCAACUUGUGUUCCAUCACUCACACAGUUUUAGUUCAGAUUCUAUGUUGUACCAACUGGCCCCCCUAUGCACAUUACUUGGCCUCUUUUUAUUCUGGGUGCCAGAGUGCCGGGCCACUGUUAACUUUUGCAAGUGCAAUUUUAUGUGGCCUGAUGGUACCGUUUUUGUCCCGUGCCAUCUUUGGUAUUAUAUUUCUUCUAGCACCCAAGUAACAAAUGGUGGCAAGUCACUAAUUUAUGAAACCUGAUAAUGGAAUUUGUACUUUUGCAUUGAGAAGUGCAGAAUUUAAUAAAAGCUACUGUCUAUUAA